AGAGGACGGUCCCUCGCCGCUUUCCUCUCCCCGCUCCGCUCGGGGUUCCUGGCUGCGGCCCGGAGUGGGUCAUUCCUCCUUUCCCCCUGGGCAAGGGAGGCCGGAGGAAGGGCAUGGGCGGCGGCCAGCAUCCCCCGGGCGCGACGGUCCUCCUGGCGCUGGCGGUCGGAGGCAUCAUCGCCAUCGUCGCCGCUGGAAACUCUAACCAAGGCGUUUCCAUCCAGGUGAAGCACGACAGAAGAGGUGUCUUCCUGCACUGCAAAGUGCCCGAUGGCAGCUCAGUGCUGAGCUGGAGCAAAGACGGCAGCAGUGUCGGCUCUGGAACGGAGCGGAAUGGAAGGAGACUGUUUGUGGGCUCGGCCGCGGAUGACCCUAGAGGCCUCUACCAGUGCUACUCGGCAGCAGGAAACGCAUCUCUGCAGCUGUACUUUCGACUGUGCCAGUACUGCGUCCAGCUGGACACGGCCACGUUGCUGGGGAUCGUGGCGGCUGACGUCGUUGCCACGGUGUUCCUAGUGGGGGCAAUGUGGUAUCUUGCUGCACAGGAGCCAGGCCGGCUCUCUCGAGCUUCCGACAAGCAGGCCCUUUUGGCCCACGACCAGCUCUACCAGCCGCUUGGAGAACGCAACAACGGGCAGUACAGCCACAUCGGAGCGGCCAAGGCCCGCCGCCGGUGAGAGUGGGGACAGACUGCCUGGCUCGGAGUGGCUGCCGCUCGCAUCUGCUCAGUGGGACUGCUGACCGUCCUUCCUUUGUGCGCGGGGGGGGGAGCUGCUGGAGAGCAGGCGGUUUCACGCAGCCACGACAGAGGUCCAUUCAAGGAGUUCUGGUCUCUCAGCGUGCUCCGUUUUCCAUCACCUCUCUGGCUUCGCAGAGCCAAGCAGUGGGCGGGCUGCCGGCUCCGUGCUACUGACCCAGGCCCGGAUUUGGGCUUCUCUGUGUCUAAAGAAGAGGAAAGGCAGAGCUGUUCCUGGGAGCUAUUCAUUUGUCCAGCCCUGUGUGCCUCUGCUUUCUCCUACGAUGAGAAUCUUUGGAAUCUUCCCUGAGUUUCAGAAGAGGACUAAGAAGUCUUGUGGGGUAUCUCUGAACAUACGGUGUGGUUUUCGCAAGGGGGGCUGGUUUAGUGGGGGGGGGGGCUCUCCCAUUGCAGAAUAUGGCACCACAUCUUGAACCCAGAGCCUGGUCUUCACAUCCCUUGGUGGAGGACAGACUUGAAUGCCGCUCCCAUCCCCACCCCCGUGUCUUUGCAGCCCCUCCGGUGCCUCAAUAAACGCUUUGCUGGCUUGAUUCCAAAGGUGUCCUCUGAAAGGAGCUGUGUGAGUUUGAGCUGAGAUGUGAGGGCUGCCUCAGAGCGCUGGCGGGCGGAUGAGCUGCUGCUGCUCUCCCCCCCCCCACGCAGCUGCACUUGCUCCGACCACGACCACAUCCCGUGAACAAAGGCAGGGCCCGGGGCUGAACGUUCUUAGGAGAGAGAGACCACAAUCCUCCCGCCCCCACCACCACUUCCUGUGCCAGUCUGCCUCCUGCAAUGGAGGUCUCAGCGCGGAACCCCUUCAACCCAGCAGCUGUGGGGCAGGACGACCCUUUGGCCGGGGCUUGGCCUGGUUUCUUCCUCUCUCGAAGCUUGCCUGCAGG